UAUCAGUAUUUGUUUAUAAACUAUAGACAACGUUACGACUUUUCAAUCAUUACAGUUAAGGAAGUAGCUGUAUACAGUCAUGAAAUCUAUCCUGAUAUUUAUGAUACUCGCUAUAAAACUCAUGUGUGUGGAAAAUCGAAUGUUGUCUGUAAACUAUGCGACAUAUCCACCGUAUUCAAACACACAGUCGCCUGAAAAUGAAGAGAUGUCGAAUGAAAAGAUCCCGGCUAUACAAAACUAUGAUGAUGGUGAAGAAUAUGAAGUUACCACCAAGAUAAAUAUGAAGGAAACAACCAAAAAGCCAUGCGUGGUUGUCGUCUUAUCAAAUAUGCAAAAUCCUAGCAUGCAUUCGCUCUUGCGCAAGUAUCGUUACGACGCUAACGGUGUACUAAUCCCGAGCAGUGUAAAAUACUUUAUCAAGUUACCUCAAGGGCUGCGGUCAUCACCUCUCUUAGUGCCAUUGAACGAUAAAGCCUUUUCGCCGCAAGGAGGUUUUGUAAGGUAUUACAAAGAAGUUCCUCCUAUUCCACAUUUAUGGUGACAUUGUGAGUAAAAAAAACGAAAAAGAACUUAGUCCUGACCAUUACCAGCACUCUUUGUAUCUCAAACUAUGAAAAAAUACUAUUUGUAAUGUUAAUUAUCAUAAAUAAUAAAUUAAUUCGAAUUAUAAAUAAAAACAAAUACCUACCAUUGUUAUUAAAAGUCAUUCAAAAGGUCAAGGAGGCGCAUGACAAUGCGCCUCCUUUAAUCUUCAGUGUACGUUAUUAACUGUCAAAGAAUAUUAUAUAUUCAAAAUAUAAACAUUACUAACCUAUAAGACUUUAUUUGAUAAUGACAUAUUCCAAGUGCACAUAAGGGUACUCGUCUACUGCCUCAGCACGCACGCACUGGCCGCACGACACGUAACACAUUGCACAAAUUUGUCGAUGUCAUAUUUCCACUGCAGUCGCAUUUUUCAUGCUUCUACAGAUGCUUUUAUGAAAAAUGCGACUGACAGUUUUGUUUGACGUUAAAAUUAUUACGUCAUAGAACGUACAAACAUAAGACUUAUAAAAAAAUAUUUUACUUCUAAUAUGUAACCACAUUUAUGGAGAUAAAUAAAUUAUUAUUAUUAUUAUUAAAGGAAUUUUUAAUAUAAUCCGCUGCGUGUCAUGCGGCAGAUACGUGCGUGCAGACAUAUGGACGUUCACCUUAAAUAAUAGUUACAUUGAUUUUUUUACGUAAACGUGGACUAACUUUAGUACCAGUACUAAAAUAAGUUAACAGGUCUCAAUUUGAUGUUUCCCUUCUUUCAUUAUAAAUUUGGCUCAAUUGUUUAAGUCAUCGUUGUAUAAUAAAAUAGAUUGUUAUAGUAUGGAGCGAUUUAAAUAC